CUCCAACUUGCUCAACACUUCGCGCUCUCUCACAUUCUCACUCCAUCUCGGUGCACCAUGCUAACUCCCACUCACGCCCCACCAGGGCGCUUCUACUCCCUUCUCCUAGCAUACCACGUCUUCCCGCUACACGCUCCCAUCACGCUGUGGCUGCUCGACGCGCCCUUCGGCCGCUUCUCCAUCCCCUCGGUUCUGAACUUGCCAGGCAACAUUUCCUGGGCGGCAAUGGAGCUUGCAGCGCCGCUGACCUUUUACGCAACCCUCCCGCCGCUCGCCACGCUCACGCCCCGCGCGCGCCUCCUCGCAGCAGCAUAUCUCACGCACUACGCACAUCGCGCAAUUCUCAGCCCACUCGUUCUCGCGCCCCGCCGUGCGCCGCUGCACGUCGCGGUCGUGGCGUGCGCGCUCGCGUUCAAUGUCCUCAAUGCUAGUCUGCUCGCCCUGUCCCUUCCGGCCUUCCCGCCGCCGGGGGGCCUGACGUUUUGGGCAGGCAUGGUGCUGUGGGCCGCGGGGUUCAUUGGCAACAUCUACCACGACGAGAUCUUGCACGACCUCCGCCGGCCUGCAGCGCGCCGCCUCGUCUCGUCUCCGGCAGACGACGGACCAGCAAACAAGAGCGGAAAGUACCACGUGCCGCGCGGGGGAUGGUUUGCGCUCGUCUCGUUCCCAAACUACCUGUGCGAGUGGCUCGAAUGGACAGGCUUCGCGAUCGCCGCUGCGCCGUCAGUGUUCGUCGCCGUGCCGCCCCUCGCGUCGCUCCAGCUCAGCGGGUGGAUUGCCUCGGCUUCGGCCCUCCUCCCCGAGGCGGCGUGGCCGCGUGUCCUUCUCGCUGCGCCGUGGGCAUUCGUCCUCGCCGAAGUCACGAGCAUGCUGCCCCGCGCGCUUCGCGGGCACGCAUGGUACCAGCGCACUUUUGCAGCAUACCCCGCCGAGCGCAAAGCCGCCAUCCCUUGGCUCCUGUAGAAUCUAGAUGCAUUAAGUUCGGUC